AUGGUCAACUGCAACACAAAGACCCUCCUGGGUCUCCUGGCCAUCGCUACCUUGGCUGAUGCCUACUGGCGUAUGUCAUGCAGUAUCAUCCAGACUGGGCGAGUUGAUCCCAUUAUUGCUCCUGGACGUGUUGCUGCGCAUCUUCACAAGGUCUCUGGAGCCAGCAACUUUGGCGUCUCGGCCACCUAUGACGACCUACAGGCUUCACGAUGCAGCUCCUGCGAGGUUCAAGAUGACAAGUCGGCGUACUGGACACCACAGCUCUUCUAUCAACACUCGAAUGGCAGCUUUCAGCUGGUUCCCAAUGGCGGCACUGUUGUGUACUAUCUCGGCCGCGGCGAGAACAGGUCCAACAUUGAGCCAUUCCCUCCUGGAUUCAAGAUGCUUUCUGGAAAUAGCACUGCUCGAUCGGCGGAUACGAAGACGAUGACAUACAGCAAGUCUGGAUGCAAGGGCCGACCAGUGGCAGAGCGUAUUAGCUUCGCUUGCCUGGACAGCUCUGGUCCUUCGAAGGAGCGCAACUUUAUGUGGAAGACGGACUGUGAUAACGGCAUGCGAGCGCAGGUUCACUUUCAGACCUGCUGGAACGGAGGUGACUACCAACCCGAUCAGAGUCACGUCGCAUACUUGUCACAGAUUGACAAUGGAAUCUGCCCUCCAUCUCAUCCUCGAAUGCUCCCUCACCUAUUCCUCGAGGUCAUCUACGGAGUCAACAACAUCGACAAGAGCAAGGGUGGCAAGUUUGUCUUUGCCCAGGGCGACACGACUGGAUACGGGUUUCACGGCGACUUUCUCAACGGUUGGGAUAUGUCGGUUCUCAAGGGCGCCAUCAAGUCUUGCAUCAACAACGACGCCAUCGGGGGAGCCAUCUCCAAGUGUCCAAUCUUGGCUUCGUCGCAAACCCCUUUCUUCAGCGACAACUGCCCUGAGAUGCCUCCCAUCGUCAACGAGACUGUCCGCGGAAUGCUUGACCAGCUUCCCGGCUGCAACCAGGUCACGAGCGGCCCUGCCAAAGCACCCCAAGGCAUCUGUGCUACUCAGCCACCCUUCAAUGACCUUGGGGAUAUGGGCAUUGGCAAAUGGUUCAACCCUUCGCCGGGUGACAAGGUUGGAUCUUGGGCAUACCUUGGCUGCGCGGCAGAGGGGGUGAACGCUCGAGCGCUGAACAAGUACGCCGUCACCUCUGACAUUAUGACCAUCGAGUACUGCACUGCUGCAUGCAAGGAGCAAGGAUACCCUCUUGCGGGUAUGGAGAACGGCCGUGAAUGUUACUGCGCAAGCGCGCUGACGAAUGGUGCUUCAUACCUGAAGGCGUCCAUUUGCGCAGCAGCACCCAAGAUGAUUUGCAGUGGCAACAUGACGCAGUAUUGCGGAGGACCCAACCUGCUCACCGUCUGGAAUGAUACGUCCUAUACGCCUCCCGUUCAACUUGUUGUCGGCUCGACCAAGAUCGCCAACGGCAUGGCUACAUACCAAGGAUGCUUCGCUGAAGCCCAAAACGGUCGCGCGCUCUCGUCGGAUCGUACUGCCGACACUGUUGGCAUGACCAACGAGAUGUGUGUUGCCUUCUGCCAAGCUGGCGGAUAUCUAUAUGCCGGAACUGAGUACUCCCAAGAGUGCUAUUGCGGCAACACCAUUGGCGGCGAUAACAUCCCAGAUAUCUCCCAGUGCUCCAUGCAGUGCAAGGGCAACAUCUUCAGCUACUGUGGUGCUGGUAACAAACUGAGUGUCUGGAAGAUCACCCAGCCCGAAAAGCCAGCUGGGCCUAUUACUGCCUUCAACGGCGCGGCCGUCUACACAGGUUGCUAUACCGAUGGAGGCCCUGGUGGUCGGACGCUGCCUGGUGCCGUCUUCACAGGCUCCUCCGUGUCGCUUGACACUUGCUUCGCCUUUUGCAAGAAGCUCAACUUCCCUCUCUUCGGUAUGGAGUAUGGGCGAGAAUGCUACUGCGGCUACGCACCCAAGACACAGUCCUCGAUCGCAUCCGACGGUGACUGUAGAAUGCCUUGUGCAGGUGAUGCCUCUCAGAAAUGUGGUGCUGGCAAUCGCAUCUCCAUCUGGAACAACACCCUUUACACGCCCAUGGCCAGUCCUGAAAGCUUCAACAUCCAGCCCCAUUAUCUCGGCUGCUACACCGAAGGCAAGAAGGGCCUGGCACUGGGCAAGGCCAAGACGUCGGGCAGCAAGAUGACGAUCGAAGUGUGCGCAAACUACUGCGCCAACAAGAACCUCGCCUUCAUGGGGCUGCAGGAUGGUCAGGGUUGCUACUGCAGUAAUGCUGGACCAUCGAGCGGUAGUGUUGAGGCGCCUGAGAAGGAGUGUAACGUGAUUUGCAAGGGCAACAAGGCUCAGAAGUGUGGUGCGGCUAAGAGGCUCAACGUCUACAAGGUCAAUGCCAUCAAGAACAGUGCCAAACCUGUUCAGGCCAAGGUUCAGGACUUUUCUCCUACUACCUUACACAAAGCGACCACGACAUCCAAGGUGGUCAAUGUCAAGGCCAAGCCUACCACUACUGUCCGCCCGGCUGUCAAAGGAAAGACAUCAACGUCCAAGGUGGUCGUUCAGAAAGCCAAACAGACCUCUACAUCUCGAGUCGCUGUACAGGCAAACAAGACCUCAUCCUCAAAGGUCGUCAACGUCAAAGCUAAGCCCACCACCAGCCAUCGGGUAGCGGCAAAGGCCAAGGUACAAACGACCUCAAAGCCCGUCCAGGUCAAGGUGCAAGCGAAAUCUACUGCUCGCCCUACCACAACCUCCAAGGUUGUCAAAGUGGCAGCCAAAAAGACAACUACGGCAAAGGUUCAGGCGAAGAAGACCACAACCUCCAAGGCGAAAUCGACUUCGACUCUUGUUCGUGUGGCCAAAAAGACUCGCAGGGCUUUGGAGCCUGAGGUGACUGUGGGCCCUGUUUUCAAGAGGAGAAAGGGAGAGGACUCUGAUGGGGGGAAGAAGAACAAUGACGGUGAUGAAAAGAACAAGGGCAAGGGCAAGGGCAAAGGAAAGGAUGAAGAUGACAGCAACAAGAGGAAGACCUCAACCUUGACCAGCAUCAUCUCAUCCUCAUCUGUCACCAAGACGGAGGACUCAAGGAAGGGAAGAGAGACCAAACACUCCGAUGACAAGAAGGAGAGCAAGGGCCGAGAAGAUUCCAAGGGGAAGAAAACCUCGACAAAGUCUUCUUCAUUCUCAGCUACCUCAACCGCCUCAGUAUCGAAGACUGAGGGUCCCAAGAAGGGAAAGCCAACCAAGGCACCCAAGAAAGGGGAAAAGAGUGAGAAAGGUGAGAAGGGCGAGAAGGGAGUGGAAAGGGAAAAGGGCACAAGCUCAAAGGAUUCGAGGAAGUCAAAGACGGCGACGACUCGCCCAACCCCAACUGGCUCGACUGCCUCAUCGCAGGCGACCAAGGACUCCAACAAGGGAAAGGGGCAUGGAGGCUCAGACAAGUCGGGGAACAAGAAACCCUCGACAAAGUCCAGGUUCAGGUUAGUUACGAGGAUCUCCGGGGAAACGAGGAGAUCAAACGGGUCAGGAGCCGCAUCUUCGAGUGACGAUACGAUAUAG